AGAGAGAGGGAGACAAGGGAAAAUGUUGCCUACAUCUGGAGUACAGGUUGUAACCAUUUUAGUAAAUUACUUUUGCAUCUGUUAGUGCUUGAAUACAUAUUUCUUGAACAUAGAUGAUGAGAUGAUGAAAACUCAUGCAGUCUGUUCCCAUUAAUGGAUAUUAUAGAAUCUGUAUUAUGGUUUUAGUUGCUGCAGCCACAAUAUUCGGCAUCUCACAAAACUCAUAUUAUCUCAUAUCAAACAAGUGAUAGACUUAGCUAUACUUUAGGUCAGUUCCAAAUGUUUGGUGUGAUCGGAAUUUGCUGUGGUGGGAAGUGCUAAUAAUGACAGCCAUCCUCAAAAUAAACAGCAGAUUGUUGGCACUUCUGAAAAUAGUUACAUUUGAUGAGGAUAAAUGUAGUUGCACACUGUUUUUUCCAUUUUUAAUUCCUUCCCAUGCUAAUAGAAGAUAACCUGUGAACAUUUGCAUCCCAUUCUACCUGGAUGAUCAGUCCUGUCUUAGAUCAGGUUCCCUGCUUUUAAUACAUUUGCUAGGGAAGCAAUUGCCACAGCUAGGAAUGUAUGCUUCCUUGGCAACUGUGCCUCUUGGUAUCUGUGCCUCUGUCCCCAGUAGUUAUUCCUUAAUUUCUGACUGGCAGGACUGCAAGGCCCAACUGGUGACCCUGGACCUGAUGGACGUCCAGGCCUUCCUGGAAUGGCCAAUAUAUCUGGAAUACCUGGCAAUGUGGGAUCAGCAGGUUUGGAUGGAGUGCCAGGCUAUUCAGGACCACCAGGGAAACCUGGAAUAACUGCACCACCUGGAACCAAAGGAGAAAUGGGAGAAACAGGCAUGAUUGGUGAAGAUGGUCCAAAAGGUCUUAAAGGUUAUCAGGGUGCAGAUGGAAGACCUGGCAUACCAGGUUUGCCUGGAGCAAAAGGAUAUAAAGGUGAACAAGGAGUCAUGGGCUUUUUUGGCAUAGUAGGAGUUCGUGGUAACAUUGGCCCCACUGGCCCCAAAGGAGACAGAGGGGCUACAGGGCCUCAAGGACCUCCAGGUUCCCCUGGACCACCUCCUGUCCUUCCUAAACUGGUUGCUGACCAAGGCACUUCGGGUGCCCAUGGAAGCAGAGGGCCUCAAGGCAGUUUGGGUGAAAUGGGUCCUCAAGGUCCAUCAGGAGAUCCAGGUUUAAGAGGCCCAACAGGUAAACAAGGAUUGCAAGGAAGAGGGGGAGUGUCAGCACCUCCAGGAUUCAGAGGUGAUCAAGGGAGAACUGGACUACAGGGCCCUGGGGGCUUUGAAGGUUCUCCAGGUCCAGGCAUUCCUGGACUGCCAGGGAUACCAGGCCGCAGCAUUAACAUAGGAUACCUUCUGGUAAAGCACAGCCAGUCUGUUCACAAGCCAAUGUGUCCAGUCGGUAUGAACAAACUCUGGAGUGGCUACAGCUUACUGUAUUUUGAAGGACAAGACAAAGCACAUAACCAAGAUCUAGGUAUGCCUUUGUGAGAUGAGCAAUGCUCAUACUGUAUAAUAAAAGCUUUCCUUUAAACAGUAUUUCCAUUAACCAGUGAAAAAUAAUUAACAAUUGUCAGAUAACAAAAGAAAAACUAAUUUGGGAUGAAAUUAACCUGUUCUACUUGUAAUCAGCCUUUAAAAUCAUGAAUCUGAAGAAUUUCUUCUGCUCCUUUUGGGUUGAGAAAUGAGUAUAAGAAAAUUCCCCUGAUUUAUGUUAGGAAACAAAUUUUGCCAAGCAUGGCCUCCCCGAGAGAUUCCUGAUAUGUGUUGCCAACAACUUCCUCCAGCAGAAGGUAGAGGAAGGAUCAACUAUCCUUGAUUUUAAUACUAACAAGGAUGACCCAGUAGACAAAACAGCAGCUAUGGGAACCCUGGGGGAAAGUGAUCAUGUGAUACUUGAAUUCUCAAUUACAAAGGAGACAAAGGGUAACUGAAGUCAAACAUGAACCCUGAAUUCAAGAAAGCCAAGUUUGAUGAACUCAGAACAAUGGUAAGCGAGGUGUCAUGGUAACUCACUCUUAAGGGAAAAGGGGUCCAAGGGGGGUGGGAAAUCUUGGGAAAGAAAACAAAGAUUCUUCAAGCACAACUAUGAACAAUUCCAUCCAGAGAAAAGUGGAAGGGAAGCCCAUGUAGCUCCACAAAAAGUUAAGUGAUAGCCUAUUGAUAGAAAAUGUUUUGAU